GGUGUCUCAUGCAACAAAUGGAACCCGCGAUUGCAUCAACUGUCAACGGUGGAGAGACAUGCGUCAUGGAGAUGGAGGACAUUCUGAAGGGUUUUGCAGAUGGGAACAAGGAAGGGAAUUCGGCUGGAGGGAACACCGCAGACUGUGCAGAGGUACUUGCGACAAUAUAUGCACAGACUGCAGAGAUGAUGGGUGAUGGUGAUGAAACUGAGAAUGAUGCAGGAGGAAGCACUUGUGAGACUGAAAAGGUUGGGGAAGAGAGAGAGGAGGGAGGUCUGGGAAGCAAGGAAUCUCUGACAGGGUGUAUUAUGAAAGAUGAAAAUGUGGUGAAGACAUCAACAGGAGAAGAGUACCCAUAUGACAUCAAUUGGGUGUCGGGUCGUGUUCAACUGGGUAUUGUUGGAGGAGCACCCUGCUUUGCGUUCAAAGUCGAUGGGACAUGGGUUCCAUUUCCUGCCCCCAAAAUGAAUACAUGGCAAAACGUAACUCUGUCAAUCGUGUUUGACAGAGUAUUAAGGUUGAACGAUGGGGCAACACCACAGGAGAAAGGGCGAUAUGCAUUGGAAAUGUGGCGUGUUCUGGAGGCGCAGGGCCAGUUCAGAGUGAACGAUUUUUUUUACGACAGUUUUGAUUGCGGACAGCCAUGGGUGAUUGGUGGGAACGACGCAACAGGGAGUACGGCGUGUCACGAGAGCGAUGCGAGGAAGCAUCCUAGGCCGUUCUUGCGGCUCAUGCGCGAGGUUGUGGAGGAGGACAUUGCUCCGAGUAUGGGCGUGAGGUUUCAGAUGACGGCGGUGCGUGCUUUGAUGGAGGUUGCCGAGGCGUACCUGGUCGCCAAUUUCGAGAACACCAACCAGGUGGCCAUCCAUUCGAAGAGGGUGACGAUCCAGGUCAAGGACAUGAGACUGGUGGAUAGGUUGUCGAAGCCUCGCUGGGUUGAGAAAUAUCAAGGGUGUAAUGUCAAUCUUCGAGGAAUAAUUGAGAUAAGUGUGGCUCGUGCGUUCCUGCAAUUUUGCACGACUGGUCUCCACGUUUGUCCACUGCUGGUUGGUAGUGUUGGCAUGUUUCAUUACUGGGUUGCGGGAACAUCUCCGAGUACAACGUGAACAACAAACACAUGGCUUGAAGGCAACGAGUGAUAGUAAGAAGUUUGAAGGCGAAGAUGUGCAAGACAUUGAUUCCGAUAUUAAGAUGAUGAAACGGUUGCUUCGCUGUAUGGCGAAGACUUUUUGUUUCACAAGUGCAAGGGACGUGGAAAUGUACCCGUCGCCAUCUCCGUUUGGUUUAUACAUUAUGAGAAUUCGUUGGGACCCUUCGUGCAGACGUUCGACACACAGUUGAUCGGAUAGUUAAAUGGCAAGGAAUGACAGUAAUUAAUGGUAUGGGUUUGAGGGAGCUGACAAACAUCAGAGGUGAGAUUGCUUAUGACAUUGUUCGAGGAUUAUUAAGUGGUGUGAGACUUUCGUAUCUAUGUGGCAGUUUAAAAGACCACCUCAAGAUGAAACGGGACGAGAUGAGGAAGAAAAUGAUGGAAGAUUCUUUUUUGAGAAUGAAAGGUAGGGAGGCACGGGGUGCAGAAAAGUUCAAGAGCGUAAUUGACGAGGUAUUGUACAGGGACUACAAGGAAUUGAAGCGAAGAGGUUGAACACUUCAACAACUGGUUAUUGCUCACAUGGCGCUUGACUGCCACAUGAACAACAAGAGUCGUUCUGCAUGAACUGCUCAAGCUACAUAAGAGAUGAAGGUGAUCAAAGAGGUCAUCAUCACGACAUACAAGAUGAGAGUCGGCAAGGUUUUUGCCAAUGUGAUUCCUUUAGACAGAGAGAAGCGCCUUGUAGAGAUCAUGACAAGAAUUUGGAAAAGACGAUACUUUUUGGGAAGUAAAGGAAAAAAUGAAUUAUUGAGAAUGAAAUAUGAUCACAAGU